AUGCUUUUUACACUUCUAAUUCCCCUUAUUGUUGCUCAAAAUCCUGAAUGCUCAAGUGCUUAUUGCAGUUCUUGUAAGACAAAUCCAAAUGUCUGUGAUUCAUGUGCACCAAACUAUAUUCUUAUUGAUGGAACAUGCAAAUACUUCAAAGAAGUUGUUCCAUAUUGUGCCAUUAGUUCUGAAAAUGGAUGUAGUUCAUGUAUGCUUGGAUAUUAUUUGAAGGAUGGAAAAUGUCAAAUUCCACCAAAUCCACUUUGUGCCACAUACAAAGGAGAUAAAUGUGUUGUUUGUGUUGAUGGAUAUUAUGCAAAAGCUGGAGAAUGUUUUGAAUGUGUUGAAAAUUGCUAUGAGUGUUCUUCUAUGACACAAUGUUUUGAAUGUCUUGAUGGAUAUGGAUUUAAUGGAGAUGAUUGUGUUCAAUCACUUGAUCAUUGUAAAACGUAUUCUUAUGGAUCAUCAACAAGAUGUAGUGAGUGUUAUGAUGGAUAUGGAUUGAAUAAGAAGAACCAAUGUGAGAAAUGUGCUAUUGAUGGGUGUUAUUCUUGUAGUUUAGAUUAUACCAAAUGUGAUAUUUGUUAUAAUACAAAACAUUUUGAUGGAAAGGCUUGUGUUGAUUUUAUACCAGUUGAACAUUGUACAAGUUAUACAGAUUCAUUAGAUUGUUCUUCUUGUGAAGAUGGAUAUUAUUUAGAUGAAGGAAAAUGUAAAGCAUGUAAAGUUGAAUUAUGUAAUAAAUGCAAUAGUCCAUACACUUGUAAUAAAUGCCAAGAAGGAUAUUAUUGGAAUGAAAAGGAGUGUACAAGUUGUCCUGUUAUUCCAAUUGGAUGUAUUGGAUGUUCUGGUAUUAACAAAUGUAGUGUUUGCAAAGAAGGAUAUCAUUUAGUUGGAAGUUAUUGUUAUGAAAAUGUUGAACAUUGUGUUGUUUAUUCAUAUGAACAAUGUAAGACAUGUGAAGAAGGAUAUUAUCUUUCCAAAGGUAAAUGUUUGAAAGGUGUUGAACAUUGUAGAAGUCACAGUAGUGAUGGAAAGAAAUGUAUUGAAUGUGGUAAAGGAUAUUAUUUAACAGAAGACUUCAAAUGUAGUAAAUGUGAUUCAACAUGUAAUGAAUGUGAACAUAAAGCCACAUAUUGUGAAUUAGAUUCACUUAAUGAAAAUAAAGAAGAUGUUCAUCCAAUUAGAAUGGCUCAUUGUAAUCGUGCAUCAGCUGAUGGACAAAGAUGUAUGCGUUGUGACGAUAAUACUUAUUUGAAAGAUGGAAAAUGUGUUGAAUGUGGAGAUGAUAAGUGUUAUGGAUGUACUGAAGAUAACAAAUGUUCAGUAUGUGCUAAAACUCAAGAAGAUUUCUUCAAUGGUAUUGUUUAUUUACCAAAUAACAACCAUUGUUAA